AUGGAUCAUCGACCUCGAUUUUCUCAAGAAGCAGCUUCAUCCAACGAGGUUCCAACAAUGGGUUCGGCUGCUUCAGUUGCACGCUCCGCGUCAUACCCCGCGCCUGAUCACGAGGCGUCUCCGAAGACCACCACAACAAAAGGAGUGAAUGGACAAAAUGAACAUUACCGACAACAACUCAAGACGGCUUCUAUCGAGCUUCUCAACGAUGAUAGAGUGGGACCGGGAUCCAAAGCUGGGAGAUCUCUCCAGAAUGUGCUUAUGGAAACGGAGCAGCGUCUGAGAGAGCAGCGCAGGAGCUCUCUCCACAACAAGGGUUCCAAUUGA